AUGUCUGGCAGGCUAGAUCAAUCUCUUGACUCCAUCAUUGAUAGCCAGAAGAAGGCAAAGCGCGAGACUCGUCGUCGCAAGGUCGGAAAGCCCACCGGAACGGUCGCUCCUGUCGGUGGUGUCAAGAAGGCAACGAGACCCGUCAAGUCGGCCAUCAAGCCUGCUACUGGCGCUGCGGCUCAAGCUCGAUCCAGCAAGAUUGUCGUCAGUGGCUUGAUAUCCCAGCCAUUUGACGUCAACGAAGCCCAGAUCAAGGUAUGUUGA